CCGAAGCACUUCUGUGCAGCAACAAUAUUUAAUCUAUAACUAUUGACAAACCUCUUGGAAGUAUUUGUAUCGGUUGACAGCCGCCUUUAGCACCGACGACUUCUAUUGGCCAGGUAUUUUUGUUCUGUAAUGCAGUCUAAGUUAUAUACACAGUAUAUAAACGGGUACAAAAAGAGGCAAUGCUCUAGGUAAAACGGUAUAUGGAAAUACACUGGAGAAUGGUUAAAAGGUAGUUAGGCAAACUAUCGACCGAAUCUACCUGUCAAGUACACCGUUAAUUACCAACUAAACGAGAGUGGAAUAUAAUGAACAACUGUGAAAACGAAAUAUUAUUCAUUGGACAAACAUAGAUGGACUUGAUAUUUUAAAGGGAAUUGUGAAAUGUAUUUUAUUGGAUUAUGUUUCAUAAAGACGGGGUGAUCUGGUCAAAUGAUAUUAAAAGAAAAAGAAGAUAGCUUCAUGAACUCUAAAGAAGCACGUGGGACAAACUGCUCAACUCUGUCACCGGUGGGGCGGCCCGUGUCGUCUGCCACCGGGCGGCUGUCGUCUGCCGGGCGGCGGAGUGACGUGAAUAUUUCCGUGGCCUCGGUCACUGAUGAGGAACUCUCGUUCUCUGACUCGGACGAUGAGGGGGUAACUCCAAGUCAUCAAACAAACGAAAAAUUUUGGAAUUCUUUCGGUGAAUCUCUAAAGAGAAUAAAUGAUGAUAGUGGGAAAUUCCUCAUUCGACCCAAACCGAACUUCAAGAGCAGUUUUACAUUUCAAGGAGCCAUGACAGAGACCUGUGGAAACACCCAGUAUGGGAGUAGUAGAGGGUACACCAAACUUAAAGAGACUUUGAACAGACUGACAGACGUGUCGGGAGCAGCCGCAAGGAUGUUUGUCAAUGCCACCAAACCAAAGGAGGAUAUAACUUCAGAAGAAACACAAGAGAUUGACGAAGAGGAGAAACCGGAAACCGGCAUGAAAGAGAUAACAUCGGCACUAGGUGGCGCUAAAAGAAGUUGGAAAUUAAUUAAACGAAAUGUGAACGAGACUGCAAUGGAAAAGAAAACAGAAAAGACUAAGCUAAAUUGGGAUAUGUUAGCCCAUCACGCUAAGGGAUUAACAGACCUGGAGCGCUCGAGGCAGGAUCUGUACCAGCGGUACGGUUUGCUGCCUAUGCUGCACAAAGACGGAAGUUAUGAGUGUCGGAACAUAAUGUGGAGUGAACGGGCAAUUCGUUUGAACAUGACAAACCCCAUACAGUACAAUGUAAUUACUUAUGACAAGCGACGGGCCCAGAGCGCCAAACCUCGCAGCAAAAAGCCAACCCCAAAACUUACCAUUCAGCGUCCUUCUUCCGAGAAACCGCAUUCCCUUCGAACUACCUCAGCGUCCACGAGCCGUACCGGAAGAGUACCAUCAGCGGGCAUUUCUGGCAGAACAAUGACCAGACCUGCCGCGCAUAGACAAAGUGAUCAUCUCUUAUCUCCGGUGAAUGCAUUAAGAAACAAUUUCUUUUCAUGACUUAGUGUUAGUUGGAUUUUGUCAUAUUCAUAUUAAUUUAAAGUUGUUGGGCAUUUAUCACUUUGACUAUGUUUGAUUUUAUUUGUAAAAUACCUUUAAUUAAGUGAAGGCGGUAAACACAUUCAAAUUUAUGUCUGGAUGUUAAGGAAGCUCUAAACAUUGCACACUAAAGAGUUCUACUUAUAGGGUAGACUAAGUUUUAUGCAGUUAGAGUGAUCUGCCCUUAGAAGUAAGAUAGAAAAAAUAAUUAGUUACAGUUAAUAACACAAUUUGUAAUAAAUUAAAAUAUUAUUAGCGUUAUAUUAGACCAAGAAUAAGUAAUUCAAUUCAUUAUUUCCAUUAAUAUUCCCCAUGUAAGUAAACAACAGUGAUUUCUGUUCACGAAUAGUCCAUUGUCUUUGAACAUUUUUACUGGAGAAAUAAGGCAGGUACCCUAUGUUGAAAAUGAACUAAAUAGACUCAAUGUGCACACCUUUAUAUGAUAUAUUUUCUCUCAGUCCAAAAAGCACUUGUUUUUAGUGUUUAGAGCUUCCUUAAACACCAUUUAUCCAAAUCUAACCAAAACCUAUACCCAAACC